AUGCUUCGUCGAACAUUGUGGAAUGGGAUGAAACCUUAUUUGCAUGCUUUUUCUCCUGGCGCACGUGCCUCUGAGAAGGGUAUGCUGUAUCGCAAUAAUAAUAUGAACGCUCAUGCGCGUGUGGCAUCCAUUCAGCAAGCGCAGCGCACCCACCGUGAGGGAAAAAUAUUUCUUAUGCUUUUGGUGCCAGAUCAAAUAUUUCUUUCUGCGGCCCUUGUGGGCGUCACGCUUGUUGUUGUUUUUAUGUGUUUUCGUCAACAACCGUUUAGCUUCAACACAAAUAAACAACGUUGGAUUUUAGGUGCUCUUAAUGAGCAUGAAUUUUAUCAACGCAAUAGGGAGAUGAGUUUAGUCCUUGAGGCCCACAAGAGUGCUAUCGAGGGGACAAGGGAAGUUAUUGGCAACAGGCCGGCUGUGUUUGAUCCACGGGAGGGUGACUUUUAUGUUAGUCGCAGCGGUGAAUUUUCCCCGCAAAAGUGA